AUGCCUGACAGGGAAUAUCCAGAUGGGUACCCUUCGUUGGCUGCCUUCAUGGCAAGCGACCUAGACCGGACGGCACUGAUAUUCAAGCGCUUUGAUCGUUUGACUGCGCGAACCUUGUUGUGUUUGGAAACCGGAAUGGCCGAGCUACAAGCCCAGCUUGAUGCGUUCGAUGAGGAGGAUAGGGGUUCGCCAUGUGCUAGAAAUUGGACAACUUACAAAGAAAAGUGGCAGGUUUAUCCACAGAGAGCUAAGCUUCUUGAAGACAUACAAAAAACUAUAAUAGAGUACAAAAGGUUACUGAGUUAUGAGAGCGUUCUGGCAUCUCAACCGACGCCUGAUCGAAGAAUGCUGAAAGCGUUCUGUCUAGGCUUUUACCAUGGACCGCCUAGAGCUGAAGAUAGUUUUCCAAUUUUGGGAGGAAAGAGUUCCAGUUUAUAUGACGACAUUGAUGAUCUGAUGAUUCUCCGCCCUCCAGUGCGAAGCGAUCGCCUCUCUACAUUUCUUCGAAAUUUCCUAGGAUUUAUAUUUGUAAAAAAGUUGCCCAAGGGACGGCCAAACAUCUCGGGGCUUGGUUAUGCCUCGGAGUCUAGAAUCGAAACCUUUGUUUUGUAUCUCAGCACCGUCCUUGCGGCCUUGCUUCUAAUAGGAGCAAUCAUAGUUUUGUACAAGGUUCCUUCUCCAGAUCUAAAGUUAGGCCUUGUUGGUCUCUUUACUGUUCUGUUUGCUGGGAGUGUUGGGCUUCUGACAAACGCAAGAGUUGCAGAAAUUUUUGGAGCCACAGCCGCAUACGCGGCCGUGCUAGUUGUAUUUAUUAGUGGGGAAAUUGGAGGAUCAAAAACGUCCUAG